UGGCACUAGUAUUCCUCUGUUUCCAUGAGUUCAAGACCAAGACCCCUCGGAAAACAAAGCCAUGUUCAACAUUAUUGGAUCUAUAGCUAUUGCGUCAAGUAAUUUUAAUUUAGGAAAACAGACUAGACAGUAGUAAACAGAAGUUUUAAUAAUAAUUUGUUAGAAUUUGAAAAUACUUGAAUCUAACAAAUGGCACUUUAUGACAAUGAUCACUGGUUGUUAUCACAUAUUAGAGAUAGUUUUCUAUCCACUGAUAAUACAGGUCAGUGCGAAAUGGUAAUGCUUGGAGAAGAUAUCCCAAAACAAUUAAAAUCAAACGGUACAUUGCAAUGUUAUCCUGGAAUGGAAGAAAGUGAUGACGAAGAUUUAGAUGCACUUGCAGAAUCUUAUGAUAUACAAAUGGAUAUGGAAUAUAGUCAUAGAGAACGUUCUAACACUGCCCAAAGAUUAGAGAAAAUGGAUCUUGAAAGAAAAAAGGCAGCUAAAGUCAAUGUGAAAUGGAAAAAUAAUCCUAUCAUACCUAUUACUCAACAGUCAGAAUUGUUUCAAAGAAAAGAUUUUCGUAAAAAGACUGAUCAAACCAAUAAAAGAUAUUCUCUUUUAUCUGAACAGCUUGAAAAAUGUCCACAUGUACCAAUAAAUCCUUUCAUAGAAUAUGCUAAAUUUGAUGGCAGUGCACAAGUAGAUAUUCCUAUAAGAAAAUAUAGGAUAUUUAUGUGUAUGUUACCUAAAGAACAAAGAAUGUAUCCUCUUCAUAUAAUUGUAAUAACUACUGCAAAAGUACUAGAAUUCAUUGGAUUGAUUUGCUACAAAUAUGCAAAUGAACAUCCAGAUCAUCUUCUAAAAGAAGAUAUCACAAGAUAUGGAUUAUAUUUCACUGAAGAUGAUGGAGAAGUUGAUUGGGAUUUACCUUGUUUAGAUCCAAAAGAAACAAUAUCGAAAUUUGAAUUUACAACGCUAGGUCUCACUGAAAUGAAACCCAGCGAUAGAGCACGACACAAUAUGAUUAGUUCUGUAGAAACAAAGGAUGAAGAUGAAUUUUCGGAACUUCAUAAUAAAGAACAAGAAGAAGUUGCAGAGGAUUUAGCGAAAAUGGAAGGUCAUACAACUGCUAUGGAAGCUCCAUUAUACCAAUCUUACAGGGUAUACAUAAUUAACAAAGUCAGAACGAAGACUGAAAUUUAUCUCGGAAUAUCGGGUGAAAAAAUCGAGAUCAAUCCAAUAAUAACAGGAAAAGGUGCAGGACGUUUUUGGAAUAGACAACGGGCAGUUAGUUAUCAGAUAGAUAAUAUUGCCUGGUGUGAAAUAACGGAAACAAAGGGAUCAAAAACAAUUUUUACAUUAGUUUAUACCCCACAUUCUUCCAUUUCCGAUAACAUUUUGUUAUCAUCUGGACAAAUGCACUCUUUACAUCAGUCAGCAUCAUUUAAAAAUCACGAAUUUGAGGCAGAUUCUAUAACAGCUGAGGAAAUUGUCAGAAAAAUAAAUCAUAUAUUGGAAUUACAUACUAGUACAUCAAGAAAAGAAUAUUUAUCUCAAAAAGAACGGAAAGCGGCAAGACGAAAAAGUUUUCACUUGCACAGAUGACAACUCUAUUGGUUUCUUUACUCCAUUUUAA